CCGAAACUAAGGCUCCUGUUCUCAAAGAACCGCAGCAGCAGCAUCUUUUCAGGACGCAGCUUUCGCACCCCAUUUUUCACUGAAAAAAAUCAUGACUUUAUUAUAUAGUAAGUCACGUUUUUUUUUUUCAAAAUAAAGAAAAACACUUUUCCAACAAAAAAAAGUUGGACAAAACUAUCGACGCAAAAAUCGCGAAUGUAUAGAAGGAUCCUUGAAGGCGAAUAAAUUCGAAUCCCGGCGCCAUACGCUACAGGAUCGUUUGAUGUCGGUUUACUCCGUAUCGGUUUGGUUCCUUGUUGACCAUCGAUGGUUGACCAUGACGGGUGACGUCAGGUCUUGGUUGGUGAAAUGACCAUGGAUGGGUAUGGGAGGUCAAGUGUGGGAGAAAUUAUAUUUAUUAUAUAUGGACUUGAUAAUUUUGGUAAUUGGAUUGAAAUUUCUGAAAACUAUGGAGAAUCUUUUAUCUCUAAUUGUAUCUUGUAACAUUAGAGAGGAAUUUAUUGAAAUUGUCAGGGAAGCUUGUUUCAUUUUGAGUUAUAGUUUCAGAGAUAAAAUCCUGGUAAGGAAAAAGAAGGAAAUUUUAUCAUUCUUCUUUGAGGGUGGUUCGAAGAAUAAAUGGGUAAUCAUCAGAGAUUUUGAUGUGUAGGAGUGAUUAAAGAAAUCCGACAACAAAGAGUAAAAGGGUCAAACAUGCCCUAAUUCAAUUGAAUCUACGUAUUCUACCAUUUUUUCUUUCUAUGUUUCAGUUUUUCCAUCUCAAUUUUUGCUGAUUCCAGCUUCUUGAAUUAGUCGAUAUAAAGAAAAUUUCAAGCACCUGGGAUGGAGAAAACAUGAAUGUCCUUUCAUUUACCAUUUUUCUACACUUCUUUUCUCAGUUUUUCCGUCUCAAUUUUUGUCUAUUUGCGGCUCUUGAAUGUUCGUUUUAUAUAUUCUAAAUUUCUCUGAAAAGAAAAAAUUGAAUGGAAUUGAAACAAAAUACUUUGCGUUUAUCAACAUGGGAAAAUUUAUGCACACUUUCCAUUAAAAUAAAAAGCAAUUUUCUUGUAUUUUUCAAGCCAAUAAAAUAAUGCUGGUAAAGUUGCCUAACUAUCAAAGUCUAUAUACACACUUUCCGGAUCUAUUUUUAAAACCGAAACACUGUCCUAUAUUACAUUUCAGUCUAUUCCUAUAAGCUUCCAGCAAAUAGUGCAAAAUGGCUUCAAAAACAUACAAAAUCCUCCAUAACGAUGUCUUAGGCAACUACAUGGUGGCAAAUGAAGACUUAAAACAAGGCAAACUAAUAUUCAAAGAGGCCCCGGUUCUAGUCGGACCCCAUCUCAACGGACCGGCCAGAUGUUUCAAAUGCCUCAAAACCAUCAAUUUGCUUAUGUGCUCUUUUUGCGAUUCCUGCAAUACUGCGCUGAUGUGCGCCGAUUAUUGUCAAGGAACUCAUCAUACGGAAGAAGAAUGUCUCACUUUGAAAACUCAAAAAGUCAAGGGCCAAAUUUUAGCGGAAAACCCUUCGGUGAUUUUUCCUUUACGCGUCUUGCUUUUGAGUAUUUAUAAUCCAAAAGCGUUUGAGGAAGUUCUAAAAUUGGAGCCUCAUUUGGAAAAAAGGCGCGAUACUGCCAUAUGGAGACGGCACAGGAUUUCUGUAGAGGAAAUCCUCAAGGAAACCAAUUUACUAAGAAAGGAGGAUAUUGAAGAGGAACUAGUGCAAAAAGUUUGCGGUAUUUUAGAUGUUAAUGCUUUUGAGGUCAGACCUCCAUUGGAUUUAAGCAUAACAAAUCCGGAAAAGCAAUGCCUAAGAGGUCUUUAUCCUGUAGCUUCAAUAAUGGCUCACGAUUGCAGUGCCAAUACUCACAUUGCUGUAGAUGAUAAUUUUUUGAUGAGCGUUUACGCUAGUGUGGAUAUUAAGGAAAAUGAAACAAUAUUCAAUAAUUAUGCUAGUGUGUUACAGGGCAAUCAAGAUAGACAAGACACUCUUCUUGAAGGCAAAUAUUUCAGUUGUGCCUGUAAAAGGUGUAAAGACCCUUCAGAAUUGGGCACAGAAAUUAGUUCUUUGAUUUGCCACAAGUGCAGAAAAGGCCUAUUGAGAUUCACGGAAAUGGAAAAGAGCUUUAAAAUUUGGCAAUGCUACCAGUGCAAAUUGUGCUUUAAAGAUUUUUUAAUCAACUUGGCUAUAGAUGAAGGGAGAAGGCGGAUUAAUGAUUUGGAUUUGACUGAUAUUCAAGCAAUGGAGAAGUUGUACAAAAACUUACUUUUAACUUUCCAUCCUAAUCACUAUUUGCUGCUAGAGCUGAAGCAAAAUAUGGUAGGGCUGUACUCAAAAUUACCUCCAACCAAAAAUAAUUUGAACAGAAAAAUUGAUCUUUGUGGCAGACUAAUGUCGGUAUUUUCCAAAUUAGAACCAGGAAUAUCAAGAGCCAAAGCAUUAACAAUGUACGAACUCCAAUCAGCAAUAGUAGAAAUCUCAAACAAACAAUACAGGGAAAAGGAAAUCAAUCAGGAACGUUUAAUUUUGGAACUGCAAACUGCAGAAAGAAUCCUAAAAGACUCUGUUAAAUAUUUAUUGUAUGAACCACCUAAAAGUCCUGAAGGAAGGAUGGCUCAAUUGGCAUUAAACGAGCUCAAAUUACUCAGAAAUUCGAUAAAAAAUAUCCAGCAAAACAUCUUAGUGGGAAACAAUGAAGUGAAUGACAAAAAGGCUGAGAUUACAAAGAGGCUUAAGGAUAAAUUAGAACGAAAUAAGAAAAAGGAAAAGGAAAAUGUCGAAGAAAAACCUAUUAGUCGUAGGAAGCAAAAGAACAAAAAGAAAUAAUCAAGUUUAUUUGAUAAAUUAUUAUGAUCACAAUAAAUUAUUAUUGUCCAUUUGAAAUUUUUGCUUUCUUAGGCAAAGGUUCUUCAACCAUUUGAGGAAUCUUAUGCUCCAAACCCAUAUUAGUUUCCACAGGCAACCCUGCACAAGCUCUUAGAAUAUUUUCCAAGCAACUUCUUUGCCUAAACAAAGCAUUAACUACCGGAGUACCUUUCGGUACCAAUGGAGCUUUACACAAAUAUCCCAGCACUGAUAGUACCGGAUGUAGAUGUGUAUACUCUUGAGAAAACUCCUUUUUAACUUGAAUCCUCGAAAACAAUUCAGCCAAAAUAACUAAAUCUAAAAUGAGCGGCGCGGCUAGUAGAGAAUCUUCGCAGGUAUUGUGAAUCACCAAAGUAUUGUGACCGCCCAUCAUGAUUUCAGAGGUGUAUUCGUCCAUGGCUCUUUUGGAAUCGCCCACGUAUGGUACGUAUUUGAUUACGACUACGUGAUCUGGUUUUUCGCCAGGUUGGUAGAGGAUUCUGUUUGAUUGGACCACGUCAUCUACAACGUCACUUUUGGAU